CCAGUACAGCGCCGCGGUCGUCGCGUUUGCACGUGUCCCACUGUAACACGUAGCCAGAUAUAAUGUAAUGUUGAAUUAAUAAAUGUAAACCGUAUUACACAUUCCGUUCGUAUUAUUAGCGGUUAUUUCAAAAGGAGUUUUACGGAUCAUCGAAUGUCCACAGAGAAAACAAUACAACGAAGUUAAUUCAUCGAAAGAUCUAGUGCUUUUAAAUUAAAGACCAAUAAAAGAAUGAGUGACGUAACGAUUGGAUCUUCUUUCGCGACCUCCUCUGAAGUUCUCGGGUAUUUCCGUGACAGCUGUCAGUGAGAAUCAAACAUGGCGGAGAAGGUCAGCUGAUUGGAGAUACGCCCGCGCAAAUUUCGCAGCAAAAAGCGAAUAAAGCGCAUCAUGCAGGUAUUCGGCGAAUGGGCUCAAGUUGAAGUGGUGGAACUAGUCAACGAUGGAUCCGGCUUGGCGUUUGGCAUUGUCGGGGGACGGUCCUCGGGAGUGGUGGUCAAGAGCGUCCUCCCUGGUGGAGUUGCUGAUAGAGACGGCAGACUCAGGAGUGGGGAUAUGCUGCUCCGGAUCGGGGCUGUUACCGUGGUCGGCAUGUGCGCGAGGCAGGCCGCCGCCGUGCUACGACAGUGUGGGGCCUGCGUGCGCUUGCUGGUGGCCAGACCGGCCGCAUCCAACUCUCUGCCCAUGCAGUCCUUGGGGACAUCACCGGCUCCGGUAGUACCGUCCAGGCUGUUAGCGGACCCCAUUGAGUUGGAGCGACGUCUCGCUGAAGCCGGCCACGAGGGCUUCGGGGCGCUCUGCGAGGAUAUUACUCCGCCAUCACCUCCACCUACUAUCAUCGAGGAGAGAUUACAUCACAGGCCUGUAGCGUCUAUGGUCGCGGUCGUGCCACGCGGCGCGCUAGUUUCGUCUCCGCGCCCGCCUCCGCCUAUCACCAAGCAAUCGGCUCCACAACCAGCGCCUUUAAGGUUACCAUUGGAUAUGGCAGUUCGAGGCAACGGCUCACCGGAGACAUUGAGCUACGAAGUGUCCUUGAACAAGGACACGGCACUUGGGCUCGGCAUUACUGUAGCCGGUUACGUGUGCGAGCAAGAGGAGCUGAGCGGCAUAUUCGUGAAGAGUAUCAGUGAGGGUAGUUCAGCUGACCUCAGCGGGAAGAUGCAGGUCAACGACCGGAUCGUUGAGGUCGAUGGUGUAUCACUUCACGGCGUCACAAAUCAUAAAGCGGUGGCGCUUCUUCGUGAUUCUAAAGGUCCUAUUGUACGAAUUAAAGCUUUAAGGUAUCUUCGAGGUGCGGGGUUUGAGAAGCUCCAGAAGGCAUUAGCAGCGCAAGACGGACGGAAAUCCCCCAUAGCCCCCCCAAGUCCCUCUGUCACUUCACUUGCUAAAUACAGUUUUAGUGUUUACGACGAAUCGACGGUGAUAGAAGUCGAGCCAGAUUCGGAGGUCCAGCCGCAUCUACCGUCGCCUACCUCCCCCUCCGAGGAGGCGGAGAUUGUUAUUGGUAGAGACGAGGAUUGCUACGAGAAAAACAGACGGAUACAGGACAAAUGGCGGGAGAUACUCUCCGAGGAGCAUGAUUGGCCCGGACAUAAUUAUAAUUACGAUAUAAUUGUGGGCACCAUAAUAAAAGACAAGGACAGCGGCCUAGGGAUAUCACUGGAGGGGACAGUAAGAGUGGUUGGUGGUAAGGAAGUCCAAGCAAGACAUUACAUCAGGGCCAUAGCGCCUAACGGACCCGUCGCCAGAUUGGGUCUCCACAAAGUUGGUGAUGAACUGCUCGAGGUGAAUGGUUGGAGAGUAUUAGGCGCGCACCACGUCGAGGUGGUAACCAGGCUCAGAGCCGUCACCUCUCCUGUGCUAUUGGUCUGCGUGAGGAAACGAGACCAGCAACCGGUCCAACCUAAGAAGGAAUUAAGUUUUGCGAGGAACAGUAUUCUUGGAGGCAGCCUUCAAGACCUGUUGUCUCCGCCGCAGAGGCUGAUCAAGGCGAAGUCCGAGAGCUGCGUGACGUCACUGUGCAGCACCAAUACCGUCACCUCGACCGAUCAUGACGAGUUCUGUACGGAAGACUUGGAGAGGAACAAGUCCAGGUCGUUGGAGCCGCUGAGUGGUCUGGCCAUGUGGAGCGACCAGGUCGAUUACAUACAGCUGGCGAAAGAAGACAGAGGUCUCGGGUUCUCCAUACUAGAUUAUCUGGAUCCAUCAGAGCCGGGCAGCUCCGUGAUAGUGGUCCGGUCUGUGGUGGCGGGCGGGGCGGCGGCGGCAGACGGUCGCCUGGCGCCGGGCGAUCGACUGGUGUCCGUCAACGGAGAGCACGUGGCCCGCAGCCCCCUGGCAGUCGCUGUCAACGCAAUCAAGACUGCUCCCAAAGGUAUCGUCACAAUUGGGAUAUCAAAACCCCUUCCUUGCAGUACUGUGGUGGGGGGUGAAAAAGCCAACGGCCACAGUUUCCAGAGUAGCCAGGAGUGCCUCAAUUCCCUUGCCUCAGACGAAAACACAGGCAUGGACUCAUUCCACGAAUGUCUUCAAGAAUACGGAGAAGACCUUGAAGUAGUACAAAUCUGCCUCGAACCUGAAGAUGCUUCUAUAAAAGAUGAUGAAAUAUCCGUUAUCGCUGACUUGAGUUUUGAUGACUGCAAAAAGGACAUACACCGAAAAGAAAUUACUAUAGAUAGUGAUAUUAUACGUGUAAACGGAAUUAAAUCCUCGAAAUCAGAAGAGUCUCUAGAUCAUGAUGAUGAUAUGACCAUCACAGAAGACGACUUUAUAGCUCCAAGGGAACUGAAACGAGAUAUUCGUCGCAAAUCAGCUGAUAUAAAAGAAGAUAUAUGUAUUUUUAAGCAGAACAGCAAAGAUAUAUCGACUUCAGACGAAAUGGUAUUUGCCGUUACUCCAACUGGGUUAGAAAGAAUCAGUUUCGAGAAAUACUGGAAGGAAUGCGAUGAAAAAAUCGAUACAACGACGUUAGAGAGGGUCAAAAGCGAUGAAAGUUGGAAGGACGCUAAUUCCCCUACCGAUGACAGUUUUCACGACGCUACCACGAAAAUAUCCAUCCAAGAGAACAAUUCCCUGCUAUAUAUAGAUCACGACAUCGACGGAUACGAAACUUGUCUUGAUGAUGACACAUCUUCGAUGAAGUGCGCGUUAAAAAACGAUCGUAAAGCUACCUUUGAUGACAACAAAAAUAUAAACAAACAAGACAAAACAGAUCAUGUUACCAAAGGCACCGAUCAAAACUACUUUCAGUAUGAGGCAGAUGCCACAGACGAGUUCUCAUCUCGUCCUUACAUACAGGAGCACAUAAUAAAACAGAUGAAAUCUCUUAAAAUAGAAACAAUAAACAUUGGAAACAAGAGAAAAAGAAGUCCUAGUAAAUCGUCUAAGAAGGAGAGGAUGCAAUGUGUAGAAUAUUACAACGACCAAGCUGAGUGUUUGAAAGAAAUUAAACAGAAGAAAUUAGAAGAACAAAAGAAACAUAAAGAAGAAAAGAAGAAAACAACGGAUAGAAAGAAAACGGAUAGUUCUAGAGGAGAAAAAAGGUGUCAGUUGAAGAAGAAGGAAGUUAGCGAAGAGUCUACUGAUUUUGAGGGCAGCUACGUGCCUGGCUGUCACAGGUGCUUCUUAGAGAACUACGCUUAUGCUAUAACAACGGCGUAUAUGGCUGAAUCCAGUUCAUGCAAAUACUGCCAAGUUAUAAGAGACAUGCUGGAAGUUCCCAAAGCGAUGUCUGGGAGAAGGAGGUCGGCUCCAGCAUUAGUCAAUUUAUCGAGUGAAUCGGAUUCUGAUGAUGAUGGGCUGCUUUUCGUGCCUAUGGUGCAGGGUAGGAGGAAGUCUGCUGGACCUCUCAAGUUCGUGCUGCCUCCUAGAAGACCGAGCUACUGUCCACAAGCGAUGACGGUCACGGUGUCGCCGGAUCGGCGUGCUGAUACCAUCGUAGCCCAGCGGUGGGGUCCCCCGAGGAAGGUGACCAUCAAACGAAGCCCUGGUGCUCCUUUGGGCGUCAGUAUUGUUGGCGGAAAGGUCGAUAUAAUAUCAAGCCAAGAUAGCGAAGAGGGAGAAGAAAAAGCGAUUUUCGGAAUCUUUAUCAAGAAUGUCGUUGCUGACAGCCCUGCUGGUCUUAGUGGAGAACUGCAAACAGGUGACAGGAUCCUGGAAGUGGACGGGGUUUGCGUCCGAUCAGCGCAGCACGAAAGAGCUGUACAGCUGAUCAAAGCUGCCGGCGACAAGGUCACCCUCACCGUGCAGAGCCUCCUGGCCUGGAAUACAGAUUCGUCAGACGUGGAUGGGUCAUCGCCACCAGCGUCGCCAGCUACGUCGAUAAAGAAGUCACCAGCAAAACUAUCGUUCAACGUUGACAAAACUCCUCAGCAUGAAAUCAAGAUAACAGUAACAGCAGAGCCAGAUAACGAAGAAGAGUCGGAAGAAGAUAAGCAUGCAGAGAAGGAGUCGACAUCCGAAGCGGAAACAGCUCGCAAGCCCGUGUAUUCAGACUCUGAAAGCAGUGACGAAGAAGAUGAACGAGAAUUGCAAGGGAGAACGUAUUCUGAUAAAGGGGUUGAGAUCGACAGAGCAUCGGCCGGUGCUAUAAAGCGCAGUAAAGAAGAGAAGCAGGCAGAUCCCGAGGAAGAGGACGACUUCGGCUACACGACAAAUAAAAUCCGUAAGAAGUACGCAUCGCUCGGGGACAAUGUCGUGGUCGUGAGGCUGGAGCGCUCGCCGAAGGCUGGACUCGGUCUCAGUCUAGCCGGUCACAGGGAUAGGAGCAGAAUGGCGGUGUUCAUCUGUGGGCUUCACCCAGCCGGAGCAGCCGCCAAGGCCACACCCGCUGUUAAAGUUGGAGACGAGAUCCUAGAGGUAAACGGAAUAGUGCUACAUGGGAGAUGUCAUCUGAACGCGUCAGCCAUCAUCAAGGGUCUGGUUGGUCCGAUAUUCAAGAUUAUAUUGUUAAGGAGGAAGUCAGCGUUAGAAGAUGUUGCCGUAAAGCCACUCACGCAGUUCCCAGCUGCCCUGGAAGAAGAGUCGGACGAUCGCGACCGAUUCGCAGGGUACAAGGGGGUCAGAGACAUAACAGUGAAAAAGGGUCCAGCGGGGCUGGGCAUCAUGAUAAUCGAAGGUCGUCACACGGAGGCUGGCCGUGGGAUAUUCGUGUCCGAUCUUCAAGAGGGAAGCGCUGCUGAGCAGGCGGGACUUCAGAUAGGAGACAUGCUUCUUGCCGUGAACAGGGAUUCCUUAUUGAACUGCAGCUACGAUUCGGCGGCAUCGAAACUGAAACAGGCUGAGGGCGUCGUGAUCCUAACGGUCUGCAGUCCCAACAUGAAGGAUGCGCCGGACAAAGAAGACGGUUCCACUGCCGCCACCACGCCUGGUACUCCAGCCCCUGGUUCUACACCAACAUUAGCGAGUGGUCCUUCGAGACCAGCUAGCAGGAACCAAACGCCGGACCCUGGUCUGACCCCUGCCUCCCGCCCUCAAACGCCGAGACCAACGCCAUCGCCGGUCAAAGCGGAGCCUCCACCGGAGCCGGCAACAGCGCCAGUGGUUCCCAACCAGGACACGGUUAUAGAAAUAAAUGCGGCCAACGAAGUAUUAGGAGUCGUCCUGCUUGGUGGGAGCGACACAUUAAUUAACGGUCCGGCAGCCGUGAUCUUGGACAUAUAUAAAAACGGAGCCAUAGACAAAGACGGAAGGCUGGAGGUCGGUGAUCUGAUAACCGAAUGCAACGGAGUCGCCAUCACGAAAGAAAUGGCACACGAACGAGUCUGUCUUACGAUUAAACGAAGAGCUCAGAAAAUAAAGCUGACAGUGCACCGGCCGGAGCCGCUGCAGUUCGAGGAGGUGGAGGUGGAGCUGGCGCGGAAGGCGGGGCGCGCCCUCGGGCUCACGUGCGUGCCGGCCGCCCGGGGUGCCGCCCUUUAUCUGGGGGAGCUGAUACCCGGGUCACCGGCGGACUUGGACGGUCGUCUGCAGAAAGGCGACUUCCUCCAGGCGGUGGACGGGAAGGACCUGUCGUCGGCGGACCUCAUGACGGCGGCGGCGACCCUCAAACUGUGCGGGAACAAAGCUGUGAUCAAAGUGAAGAGAUUUAAAAUCGUGAGAUAAUUCGUUAGUUUGAGAAGCGCUGGUUGACUCGUGCCGUAUUUGAAUCAGUCUGUUCUAUUAAAGUUGUUUUAUUAGUUUGAUUAGAAAAAAAAGAAGUUAAUAAUGAAUACUACAAAUUAUUACAGAUUAAUGAAUCAGUUUGUUUUAGUGUGUAUUUUAUUUGCGCUAAUGAGGUGUAGGACUUUUCGUAACACCCGGUUCCUCGGAGUUCGACAUAAUCAAAGUAGUCGUAGACAUAAUCAAUACUAUGUUUACGGCUUAAUUUCGCUUUUUUUUUAAUUAUCAUUUAUAUUAUAUCAGACGUAUCUAAUAUAUGAGUCGACUAUUAUCAAAGCCGGCAAUGUGACUUUUGGAUAAUUAUUGGUAAAUCAGAAAAACGAAUUAUUGACUUUGUAUUCCAUUGGCAGUCACAAAACUUCUUCUGAACGACAUCUUAGAUAAAUAACAGGUUAAGUAUUAACCUUUAUUUAAUGCAGGUUUUGAACCGUAUUCUUUGAAGGAGACGAUUAUAUUCAAAUCAAUCUGUAUUGAAAUAUCAAUAAUUUUUUUUUGUCCAAAUGCACAGAUUGCCACCUUUGAUAAUAGACGACUCAUAUUACGGUUUUCGUGAUGGCGGACGGUAAUAAUAAACGAGAGAUUAAGUCGUAAAAGUGCUUUUAACACGUUGAACGCCAUGACGGACACCAUGAAUUCCCUAAGGUCUAAGCCGGUGAUCGACAACAUUGUCAAGCAAAAGAGCCAAAUCUAUAUUUAUAGAAUAUCUAUAUAAAAAUAUCAAAUAUCUAUAUAACACAUAACUGAAUCCCCUUCAUGGUGUUUCCCGAGCGCUAUGACAUGUCCUUCUUCAAACGAGGCUUGUGGAGAGUAUUAAGCGGUAGGCAGCGGCUUGGCGAUUGCUCAAUCGAUGUCGCUCCUCGCCAACACCUUAUCACCUAUAGAAGCACUCGUUUUCUUAAGAAAUAUUUAUGAACGCAACUUAAUCUCAAAUGUCAACAAUGUCACUGUCAUUAACUGUCACAAUUUCUUGUUUAGUUUGUUCAAUUGUAAUAAAAAAUAAACAUUUAAACAUACCUAAUACUUAAAAAUAAUUUGUACUUUAUUUUAAUACUAGGUAUGUACUUUUUUCCUAUCUAUAUAUCCUAUAUAUUUCUAUCCACUAUACUUUAUCAGAAAAAAAAGGUGGCAACCUUAGUUGCGGCCCACUGCAUUCAAUAUGGCUUCUAGUCUGGCGUUCAACGUGUUAUUUAAGUAAUGUAAUCAUUAGCUUGUAACCAAAAUUUAUUUUUUUUAAAUAUAAUACAAGUUUUACUCGCAAAAGAUGUUAGUAAAAGUUUUAUAGUUCGUUAGCUUUCCUUUGUUUAAAGUAAAUAAGCCACACCGGCAAUACCUACUGAGUUAUAGUUCAAAAAUAUAUUAUAAGUACAUAUUAGAAUCAUUUUUCUCUUAAAAAAUAGCGGUACUAAGCAUUGAGUGAAUCUUAGACCAAAAUAAAACAUUAAGUAAAUACAAACUUUUGGUGCGACAAUCUUCAUGUAAAAUAAUUGAUAGGCCAAAUUUCAUGAAACUGUAAAAACAUUUUCACGUUCGUUUCAACUUAGUGACUGACAAUAAAUCUGAUAAUAAACCGAAAAAAAGAUAUGGCCAAUUAUAAAAAAAAAAAAAACCUAAACUUUUUGGAGAUUUUUUACAGAAUAAUUUUUAAUAUUUCGAAAUAAAAAAAAAAACCUUAUGAAUCAUUUUAAUUUGCAAUAAAUAAUAUAUUCAGAGUUAUCGAAGUCACUUAUAUUAUUGUAGUGUAAAAUUUAAUUAAUAUAAUUAAUACAGUAUUCGCGUCUUAGUGCAUAGUUACAUACUAUUAAUUAUUGGACUUUUUGGCGGGAACGCGAGGAGUGAAGUUGUGUGAUUUGUUUUAUUUUGUCUAUUUAGUGUUUAUUCAGGUUUAAAUGUGUAAUAAUGGGGGUUUAUUAACUGUUUAAUAUCUGUGAAAGUGCACAAAUGUGGGAAAUGAAACAAAGCCGCUGGACGCAACUUCUCGGGAUCCUCCAAAAAGUCCACUGAAAAAAUCUUAGUAAAUGACCACCAUUUUACUGAGAUUAUAUUUCAUUCCAUAUCAUCUCAUUUCAUUUAAUUUCAUCUCAGUUGAUUAACGUCUCAAAUUAAUCAUUUUCAUUUCAUUUCACUCAAUAUUAUAAUUUUUCAUAAAAAAUAAGAAUAUAAAUUAAAAUAAGACAUGACUUAAAGGUCUUAGUUACCAGGUCAUAAAAUCACUUAAAAAAAAAACUAUUAAUUAUUUGAACAUUUCGAAAUAUUCUGAAUUAAAGUGUAUAUUUCAUAUUUACCAAUAAAUUGUUAUAUCAAGUUAAUUGAAAAUUAAUUAGAUUGUUUUAAUUUGAGCAUACUUAUUAAAAUCAAAAUAGGUACUGCAAAUGUAAAUUGAGAAAUAAGUUACAUUAUUAAAUAUUUCUAUAAUAUAAUAUUUAUACACAAUCACAAUAUAAUACCAAAAUUGACACAUAAGAAACGACAGAGAGUUAUACACAAUAGUAUAUUUAUUUACAAAUAUAUGAAUUAGUAUUACAAUAUAUUAUAUAUACGCAUAAUAUAUUUUAUGUUAAAAUUUUAAUAAGUUGAAUUUUAAUAAGAUGAAACAACCACUUAACUCACAUUUUUUUAACAGAUAGAUUAUUUAAAUUAGAUUAUAAAAUUAUUUGUGACACAUAAAAAAGUGCUUGUGAAAUGUAUGACUGUCGAAUGUAGUAUAAUAAUAUGUAGUAUAUAAUUUAUAAUUACUUAAAAAAAUAUUUAAUGUGAAUAGUUAGAUAUUUAGAGUUUAAUAGGCCGGAAGAACCCGUUGUUGGUAGAUUAAAAUACAAUAUUAAGAUUAAAAUUUAUAUUUCUCAUCUCAUUUCGAAAUUGUAAACGAUUGGUGACCAUCGCUAAGUAAAUGAGUAUCAAUUACAUUACAGAACUAAAUGGGUUAACUUUUUAAGUUGUAUAUAAUUAAUAUAUUAUAAAAUAAGUACAGUUUUUUCAUAAAAGUAUGUUUUUUUUUAAAUAAAAUAAAAUUAGUAAUUCAUUUAGUGAUUUCUAGUCUUAAAUAAUGACAAUUGUAUUUAUGUAAGUGCCAGAAAUACGAAUUACAUAAAGAUCUACAGUUUUAAUAAAAAAGAAUAUAACUAAAUUUUAAAAAAAUGAUUUCGUUCAAACAUUUAUAAUAAAUUAUUGAAUAUAUUAAUAAAUUAUUAAUUAAUAAAUUAUUAAUUAAAAAUUGUUAAUUAAUUAUUUCAUUAUUGAAUUACACAAAUUACACUAGAUGUCAUUGCUAAUAACACUUCUAGACUCAACUACAUAAUGCACAAUGAAAUAGUGGAGUCUUCUUUCUAAACCUAUUAGUUGAGCUGUGAUUUUGUCACUGAACUUCAAACUUUUUGUGUGUUAUAUUGAAAUCUGAAUCAAUUCUUAUUAAUUAUUGUAAUAAAUUCCACAGUUUUCAAUUCAAAUUUGUAUUUUGUUAUUAUAAAUCCUAGUUACGGCUAAAUAACUAGCCUAUCUGUCAAUUCGAUAUGUAUUCAAGAGGCACUUAUACAAAUACAAACAUUAUUUAAAAAAUAUUAGCUUAAAGAAAUUGCCUUUUAGGUGUCUAGGUUUUUAGGCUUGAAUUUGCAAUGAUAAUAUUUUUAUUCAUAAGCAGAAUGCUAGAGAUAUUUAUCUAACUAAUAUUAUAAUCUGAUUAAGUAGGAAAGAAAUGAAUUGAUAAAAUUUAUAAAAAAAAAUAUUCGAAAUAAUCGAUUUAGCGUUACGUAAUAACAUUGUAAUUUAAUAUUUAAACAAACAAAAAAAAGUAGUUAACAAUUAUUAUAUUUCUUUAUUAUUCAUUAUUUAAGAAUAAAUGAGAAUAAAAAAAAAUCAAGCUUCUAUUUAAAUUAUGUAAGCAGUUUAAAUAAUAAUAAAAUGGGUUGCGUAGCAUAAUUCUAAAUUGUUGUAAAUUGUAAAAAAAAUAUAUCGUUUUCACCCAUCAGGGCCUUAACGGACAUAAUUAUAAAUAGGUAGUAUUUAAAGUUAAUAUUUUAGAAUAUUUUAUUUAGCUAAACUUUAACACCAUUUGUAUAGAUCGUUUGAUAUCAAAGUAGGUAGCUUUGAAAGAUUUGCGCCACAUCAAUCUCUAAGUUCGUUCGAAAAAUAUAUAUACGGAUUAAUAGUAUUUAUUUUGAUAGGUGGCGUAUAUUAAUAAGUAUACUACUACUAAGAAAAUGCGCCGUUAUCGGGACGUUAAUUCUCUGGCAGGUACCAACUAUUUAAUUGAAUACCUAAGCCUAAGACGACAAAGAUAAAUAUUGUAUGAAUUGCGCCUCAAAGAAUACUCCGUGUUAUAAUGCGUUUAGGUUUGGAUCGGCUGCAGCAUACCAAAUACCAAGAUCGCAAAAACCAAGGUUAUACCAGUACCAAGAUCGCAAAUACCAAGGUUAUACCAAUACCAAUACCAAGAAUAUGUCAGUGACCUCUAUGACCUAUUGGAAACAGCUUCGAAGCUCCAAAAGUGGAACCGAAUUAUAAAAACAUUGAUAAGUUCUUCAAUUUUAAUUUCACUAUUCAAUUUAAAGCUCGCGUCGUGGAAAUCGUAUAAAAAUUCUUGUUGGAACUUAUUAAUUAAGGAAGCCUGUAUUUUUUUCAUACAGGCUCAACCAGAAGAUAUUUUGAACCUUCUAAAGCUUCGUUCGUGACCAGUGGGGCUUGUAAAAUUCAAUGUCAAAAAAACCGGAAACGGUUGUUUUAAAAAUAUUCAGUAUUCAGCCCAAAAGCACUAAAAGCUACCUAAUUUGAUAAAGCUUUUUUAAAUUUACCUUAUCAGUCUGAUGUUGUCAGAAUUUGUAAUUGAACGCGUUUUUAGGGUUUGAGUCUAAAUAGAAUCUAAAUAAAUAGUCUAAUCUAAAUCAAUGUUAAUUCCUUUAUAGUAUAAUACUAUACAUACUCGCAGUUUGAUGCCAAAAAUCUACGUAAAUUCGCUUGUAUCUGAGAUUUUGAAUAUUAUUAAUAAUAUAAUUAUUACACGUACACAAAUUCGUUACAACGUGUUUGUAAACUUUUAGACGAUUUUGUAUAGAAACGCCUUUUCUAGAUUUAAAUAAAAAAUUAUUUACGUACGUAACGCGUCAAUAGAUUUUACGUAUAGUAAUUAAUAUUUAGUACACGUAACAUUUAAAUGUAUUAUUACAUUUUUAGAAUUUGUAAAAUAUUUAAAAAUAAAGACGUAUAUUGAA